UAUAUGUUCUUUUUUAAUUAUUUAGGCCAAGAAAUUACAGAUCAUAAUAACAAUAUAUUUCUCAGCACGUACAAUACUUGUUGGUAUAUGGCACCAUUGAGUAUACAAAAAUUGAUAUUAUUGCUGUUGCAAAGAGGCAAUAAACCGUACAGCAUGUCUACUGCUGGAUUAUUUGUUGCAUCUAUACAAUUUUUUGCCAAAUUGACGAAUGCAUCGUUAUCUUACUUUACUGUUUUGUACAGCGUCCAGAAAUGAUAAGAAAUAUCAGUCGUAGUAAAAAUUCUUAUAUUUCUAUUGAAUAUAUGUAUGUAUGUAUAUAUAAAAAAACAUACGCCUUUUCCUUGUGACUG